CUGUGAAGGGAGCAUGGCAGAGUGGGUUCUUUGACCAUGGUACAUUUAUGGAGGUGAUGGCUACCUGGGCACAGACAGUGGUGGUGGGUAGAGCCAGGCUUGGUGGGAUUCCUCUUGGUGUCAUUGCCGUUGAGACACGCACAGUUGAGGUUACCAUUCCAGCAGAUCCAGCCAACUUAGACUCGGAGGCCAAGAUCUAUCAGCAGGCUGGUCAAGUGUGGUUCCCAGAUUCAGCGUAUAAAACCGCUCAGGCUAUUGAAGAUUUCAACAGGGAGAAAAUUCCACUUAUGGUGUUUGCCAACUGGAGAGGCUUCUCUGGAGGCAUGAAAGAUAUGUAUGACCAGGUGCUAAAGUUUGGCUCUUACAUCGUGGAUGCCCUGCUUGUGUUCAACCAGCCUGUACUGGUUUACAUCCCUCCCCACGCUGAGCUGAGAGGAGGAUCAUGGGUUGUGAUCGACCCCACUAUAAACCUUCAGCACAUGGAGCUCUAUGCAGAUCGAGAAAGCAGAGGGGGUGUUCUAGAGGCUGAGGGCACAGUAGAGAUCAAGUUCAGAAAGAAAGACCUGCUAAAGACCAUGCAAAGGAUUGAUGCUGUGUAUUCCCGUCUGGUUGAGCAGCUAGGCAACCCGGAGUUACCAAGCCAGGAGCGUAAAGACUUGGAGGCCAAACUGAAGUCUAGAGAGGAGUUCCUUCUUCCCAUCUACCACCAGGUGGCGGUGCAGUUUGUGGACCUUCAUGACACUCCAGGAAGGAUGCAGGAAAAGAGUGUCAUCACGGACAUCCUGGACUGGAAGAACGCUAGGUCAUUCUUUUACUGGCGUCUGAGGCGACUGCUGUUGGAGGAGGCGGUGAAGGGGGAGAUCAUGCAGGCCAACCAAGAUCUGAGCAACGGCCACAUACAGUCCAUGUUACGCCGCUGGUUUGUGGAGACAGAAGGGGCUGUAAAAGCGUAUCUAUGGGACAAUAACAAAGUGGUGGUAGGGUGGCUGGAAAACCAUCUGUCACAGCAGGAUGGAACAUGUUCAGCCAUCAGAGAGAACAUUAAAUACUUAAAGAGGGACUACGCUCUCAAACACAUCCGCAGUUUAGUCCAAGCCAACCCAGAAGUGACCAUGGACUGCAUCAUCCAGAUGGGACAGAACAUCACUCCCUCACAGAGAGCCAAAGUCUGCCACCUGCUGGCCACAAUGGACAACUCUACCACCAGCUGAUCACAUCCAUGCC